AUGUCAAGCGAAGCGCUGGUCCUGAUCGGGUUGGUUGGCGACCAAAUUCCUGAGGGCGACAAGACACAAGCGGAAGAACUUAGCAAAUUUGGGGGGCGCCCGGGUGGAAGGCUGUUCGGUAUCACAUCCGUGCAGGUUUGGAUAGAUGGCCAUGUUCCGGAUGGUUUCCCCUUCACCUGCUCCGUUUGCGGUGCGGAGCUUGACUUUGUAUGCCAAAUAGCAACCCCGUACUGUGCAAACAAACGAUGCCUUUACCUUUUCGGGUGCCACAAGCAAACGGCAUGCAACAAGAGAGCUGACGGCUGGACGGUGUUGAGGGGCGUUGUAGAACCACCUGCCUCAUCCCAGGGUGCAAAUAAAAGCCUCAACAAAUCACCUGAUUACAAACCUCAACUUCAGGAUCAUGGUACACUAAAGUCCCCGGAUCCAUUUGAUUGGCUUGAAGCGGCGUUCGGCUCCAGGGACCCCGCUAGCUCUAGCAAUGCUAACUGCUGCCGACAGAAUGAGGAGAACAGCGUGCCAGAGGCAGCUAAUUUACAAACUUUUGAGUGUUCUGAAGCACCUCAAAAAGUGAAAGAACUGAUGCCCGCUUUGUUUGUCCGCAUUGAGCAUGAGCCUCCAGACAACUCUCUUUUCGACGCUACAGGAUUGCGGGCACGCCAGUUACAGCUGGAAUACGAACAGCGCCAAGAGCAGGGUUCAGCGGAAGAUGCAGAAGGAAAUCAAAACACCACCGCUGAGGCAGAAGCAUAUGAAGAAAGCCCAGACAAGGUUUUUCUUAAGCUGCAAAAGCGACUUUCGAGAAUGCCAAAACAGGCAAUCCGGUACUGCUUUGGGGGGAAGCCCUUGUUCAUAUCUCCUCUUCCGAAAGAAGAGCCGUUAUCAGUUCCGCCCUGCCCACAAUGCGGCAGCGACCGGGUGUUCGAAAUGCAACUUGUCCCAGCAGCGGCAGAAGAAGUUGAAAAGCGGCGUUAUGCGGUUGAUGCAACGCCCAUCGAGUGGGGAGUUGUGGCAGUUUUUACAUGUAGGAAGGACUGCGUUCCUACGAGCAUUUACACCGUCGAGCACGUCGUCGUUCAGGAGAUUUUAUAA